GUGGAAGGCAUCAGACAAUGCCAAACGUAACAGCGCGGGCGGUCUCACUGAGCCGUACCUAUGGAUGACUAUCCACGGAAGACUUGAAGCGUUCUCAAGUAUAAAGAGGAGAAAGAGUGCCUUCAUAAGUUUGGCAUCGCACAUGACAAGCGCAUCAACAUUCGUUGGUCGGUCGCUGAAACUUCAAUCACUUCAUCCAUACUCGCUCUUGCGGUAAUUCUAUCGUUCCCCACCAGUACCGACCGACAGCAUGCGUCUCACUCAAGCUGCCGUUGUCGCCAUCAUGGCCUUGACGGUUGCGGCGAAGCCCCUCCAGCCUCGCCAGGACGUUCAGUCUUACAAGACCACUCCCGAUCCUUACCCUGCCAAGUGUUGGGACCAGUAUGGCAAAGAGAAGCCAUGCGAUGCUCCGAAGGAGGAGCCAGCAAAGCACAAGCCCGACGACGACAAAAAGCACGACGAUGAUGAUGAUGACAAGAAAUGCACCGAUCACUACGGAAAGAAGGUGAAGUGCGAAUACGACGAUGACAAGAAAGACCAAGAUAAGAAGGAUUGGGAGAAGAAGAAAGCAGAGGAAGAGAAGAAGAAGUACGAGGAGGAAGAGAAAAAGAAGAAGUACGAGGAAGAGGAGAAGAAGAAGAAGUAUGACGACGAGGAGAAGAAGAAGAAGUAUGAGGAGGAAGAGAAAAAGAAGAAGUACGAUGAGGAGAAGAAGAAGAAAUACGACGAAGAUGAGAAGAAGAAGAAGAAGUAUGACGAAGAGAAGAACAAGUAUGACAAAGAGAAGGAGAAGUAUGAGGAGAAGAAGAAGUAUGAGGAAGAGGAGCGAAAGAAGAAGUAUGAAGAUGAGAAGAAAAAAUACGACGAGGACCGUAAAAAGAAGGACGACGAAGACCGCAAGAAGUACGAGCACGACAAGGGUUACAAGCCCGAGCCGUACAAGCCUGAGCCCCAGCCACCAAAGCAUGAAUACAAGCCAGAGCCGCCCAAGCCAGAGCCACAACCGCCAAAGUAUGAUCAGGAUGGCUACAAGCCCGAUCCACCCAAGCCGGAGGAGCCCAAGAAGGAAGAGACACCACCACCAAAGUACGAAGCCAAGAAGUACACUUUCGACGAUGAAAUCACCCUUAAAUGUGAGGGCGGCCACAUCGUCAUCACCGGCAAGGCCUACUAAAUCCAUUCACAUUGGUUUGCACGAGCACCGCUCGAUUUGUCAGAAGAGACGUAUCUCGCCGUUAUUGGUUCGAGACGUGAGAUGGCCCGACCUUGAUGUGGUCGAGGCCAAUGCUAGGCUGAGCUUAGCUACAUACACACUGGUCUGAUGGCCUUUGUACUCACUGAGU